UUUUUCUUAAUUCAAAAAAGUAGAUAACCUCCUCCCUCAAGUGUCUGCAGACAAUCAAAAGAACAUGGAAACAACAACUGCUCAGUAUGAGACCAGUUUUUCAGGUCCUGCCAUCUUUGCUGGGAAGAAUCAAGAUGAAAUUAAGGCUAGCUGGAGGUCAUCUUCCUGAUGAAGUUAAUUUGCCAAUGUAGACCAUAUCCAUAAUCUUGGCCAGUUUAUAUGUGAAGCCCAACAAAUCCCAUAACCACCGACUUAAAAAGUAUAGUCAUACCUUAGAGGCAUUGCAAGUUUACUUCUAGAUCACCAGAAUAAAGUGAAUAUCACAACAGAGAAUUCCUGCAGCAGAAACUGUAAUUGCUGAGGUUCUUGUUGACCAGCAUUCAGAGGAAAUGAAUAAACUGAGGCUCAGGCAAGUGAAGAAAGAAGAUGGAAAAAACUAUGAGCCCAGACCUGGAAAAGAACAAGACGGAUAGUAGAACGUUCCAAAUGAAUGAAGACAAAGGCAGAGAUGGUGUGCCUAAGAAACUUCAAAAGGUGUAGACCUCCUGACUGAAGAGUAGUCCAUCUGCUUUUCUCCCUUUUACCAUUGUAUUGCUGUCUCCUUCCAAGUGAACACCAUGCUCUCACUAUCAGAGCUCAAGUAUAUAGCAGACUCCCAGUCAUCCUGUCACAUAUUGAAACCAUGGUGGGAUGUGUUCUGGUACUAUCUCACCCUGAUUAUGUUGCUGGUGGCGGUGUUGUCUGGAGCUCUCCAGCUUGCUGAUACCAAAAUCUUGUGCUGUCUUCCUUGUAAAGUAGAACUCAACGAUCGUUGUGUAGUGCCUUUGGAUAUGUUUAAACUCAACAGCACCCCCUCGAAUUCUGUGUCCCAAGUGACGCCGCCCAUCCGGAUCCAGAACGACCUUCACAAGCAGCAAUACGCCUAUAUUGACGCGGUGUGCUAUGAAAAGCAGCUCCAUUGGUUCGCCAAGUUCUUCCCUUACCUGGUGCUCUUGCACACCCUCAUCUUCGCCGCGUGCAGUAACUUCUGGCUUCACUACCCCAGCACUAGUUCUCGAAUCGAGCAUUUUGUCUCCAUCCUCCAUAAGUGUUUUGAUUCUCCCUGGACCACUCGCGCCCUUUCAGAAACCGUAGCUGAACAGUCUGUAAGUGUCCCCCUCAGAAAGUCCAGAGUUCUUUUUUCACCCUCUGGCUUAUCCACAAACACCAGUGCUAGCAAGCAGUCGUUACACAUCGGGCAGUCAAACAUGGAGACUGGUCUCGAAAGCCCAACCUCCAGUGUCCUGGACAAAAAAGAAGGGGAGCAAGCAAAAGCCAUCUUUGAAAAAGUAAAAAGAUUUCGAUUGCAUGUGGAGCAGAAGGAUGUCAUCUACAGAGUGUACAUGAAGCAGAUCAUAAUCAAAGUCAUUUUAUUUCUCAUUAUCAUAGCUUACGUCCCAUAUUUUUUGACCUAUAUCACCCUAGAAAUCGACUGCCCCAUCGACAUGCAGGCCUUCACGGGAUAUAAACGCUACCACUGCGUCUAUGCCUUAGCAGAGAUAUUUCAGGUACUCGCUUCGUUUUACGUGAUUAUGGUUCUAUUCUAUGGCCUCACCUCUUCGUACAGCUUGUGGUGGAUGUUGAGGAGCUCCCUGAAGGAAUACUCCUUCGAGGCAUUGAGAGAGAAAAGCAACUACAGCGACAUCCCCGAUGUCAAGAAUGAUUUUGCGUUCAUCCUUCACCUCGCGGACCAGUACGAUCCGCUCUACUCCAAGCGCUUCUCCAUAUUUCUCUCAGAGGUGAGCGAGAACAAGCUGAAACAGAUCAACCUCAAUAACGAAUGGACGAUGGAGAAGCUCAAAAACAAGCUGGUGAAAAAUUGCCAGGACAAAGUGGAACUCCAUCUCUUUAUGCUGAGUGGGCUCCCAGAUAAUGUCUUUGAGCUGACCGAGAUAGAGGUGCUUACUCUCGAGCUGAUCCCUGAGGUCAAGCUGCCCCCCGCCAUCUCUACACUCAUCAACCUCAGAGAGCUGAAUCUUUAUCAUUCCUCCCUCCUGGUGGACCGCCCCGCACUGAACUUCCUGGAGGACAAUUUGAAAAUACUCCGCCUGAAAUUUACAGAAAGGGGCAAGAUUCCCCGUUGGAUAUUUCACCUAAAAAACCUCAAGGAGCUUUAUCUGUCUGGCUACAUCAUAUCUGACACCCUGAGCACCUUGAGCGCGGUACAGAGCCCCGCUCCAGGCUUUCAGGACCUCAGGAACCUGAGGACACUGUACUUAAAGAGCACUCUCUCCCGGAUCCCCCAGGUGAUCACCGAUACACUGCCAGCACUGCAGAAGUUGUCCCUCGAUAACGAGGGAAACAAACUGGUGGUGUUGAAUAAUUUGAAAAAGAUGGUAAAUCUGAAAAGCCUGGAGCUCAUCAAUUGUGAUUUAGAGCGCAUUCCUCACUCCAUUUUCAGCCUCAUCCAUCUGCAUGAAUUAAACUUAAAAGAAAACAAUCUCAAAACCAUCGAAGAGAUCAUCAGCUUCCAGCAUCUCCAGAACCUUUCGAGCUUAAAACUGUGGCACAAUCACAUCGCCUACAUUCCCGCCCAGAUAGGUGCCCUCUCCAACCUAGAGCAGCUCUACCUGGACCACAACAAGAUUGAGAAUAUGCCACUGCAGCUCUUCCUCUGCACCAAACUGACCCACCUGGAUCUCAGCUACAACAACCUGACCUUCAUUCCCGAGGAGAUUCAGUUUCUGACAAAUCUGCUGUAUUUUGCGGUGACGAGCAACUAUAUUGAAACGUUGCCGAAUGGAUUGUUUCAGUGCAAAAAGCUGCAGACCUUACUCCUGGGGAGGAAUAGCUUGAUGACUCUGCCCCCUCUCAUUGGGGAGUUGACAAACCUGAUACAGUUGGAGCUCGUUGGAAACCACCUGGAGGUCCUCCCUCCAGAGCUGGAAGCGUGCCCGUCCCUGAAGCGGAGCUGUGUGCUUGUGGAAGAAAACCUGCUGAACACCCUAUCUCCUCCCCCCACAGAAAGGUUGCAGACGUGCUUGGAUAAAUGUUGAUCUAAGGAAGGAAAUGCAUUAUGUCUUAAAAUAAUUAUGAAAAAAAUACAUUCAUUGGGACUUGGAAAAGUUUUUUUUUUUAUGUCUUUUUUUGAGUUGAAAAUAGGGAGGAUCUAUGCAUCAGACACAUACACACAAUGCCUCAGCUAGCCCCAAACACACAGGUAAAAAGAAUAACACUGAAGAGUAUGUGAUUUGGGGGAGUAAUCACCCUUUAACUCCCUGAGCUGCUCCACAUAGUAUAGAUCUGUGAUGAUACGGGAAGAGGCAGCCAUUAAAGCCACCCCCAACUUGUCUUUGGAACUGGAACAGCUGAGUGUGGGGUUCUUCCCCUCCCCUUCCCAAUUACCCAUCUGAGAUCUCUGGUUUUAAAUGGCUUUCUCUCUCUUUUAACAUUUAAGACCAAGAUCAUCAAGUUAAGUGUCUGGAAAUAACCUCACCAUUGACUUUGAUUAAUGUUCUUAAAGCAUAUUAGUCUGGAUGUGUUGUUGAAGAGGUGGAUUUUUUUUCCACCUCUUAACACUUAAUUCCUUUUCAUUGGUUGAGUCUUCCUUGCUCUUCUUUUCACUGCAGGAGAGAAAAAGUGAGGAACAUUGACAAAUCUCCCCUGCCUUAGGUCCAUUGCACAAACUCUAGAACAGGGUAUUUGGGAGAGGUGAAAAACUUGCAUGCUCUUUAAAAAACCUUUUCCCUUCUUCCCAAUUUUUCCCCAAAGCCUCAUUUCAAGAAUCUACCCCAAAGUUUUCUAUUCAUGGAAUGUAUGACGUACAAUUGUUUUAUAUCAUGUAACUGGGGACUCCAAAUCCAAGGAGAUUCAUUUUUCUAAGGUACAGAGGGUCUAGGAAAACCACUUAUUUCUUUAAGCAAAGCACCUGCUAGUAAUAUAUGUAGUUCCCGUUUUUGCUGCUUCAGUAGUAUUCUCAGGUUUGUCUUGUGUUCAGUUCACCAGUGUUUUAUCUGUCUGCAAUCAGUUGCUUCCAUUUAUUCCUAUAGGUAGGAGUGAGGCUAGUCUCAUCAAGGGAUGAGGGAGGGGACCCUGGUAUAUUUACUUAGCUCCUGCAUUGGAGAAGAGAGAUCCUCAAAGUCUACCUCUUUCUUCCCCAGUUGCUAAAUCAUUGUACGGGUAUAAAUUCUUAUUUACUUGCAAAAAAAACAAAACAAAAAACUCGGGGAAAGGGGAAAAGGGAGGUAUCGGAUUGAGCUUUUUAUUCUUAACUUAAUUAAAUACUUGACAGAAAAUUAGUAACUAUUAACUCAAAACAUUGUUUUUUCCAUUUGCAUGAUCUGUAGUUACAGUAACAUGAUAAAAAGUUUCUGCCCCAUCCUGAUGUUUGCUCAAGAUGAGUUCUCAAAAUUGCAAAUAUGUCAUUUUAACACUGAAAUUUAUCUUACAUCUUUAUCUAGUUCUUUAAGAAUAUAUCUGCUUCUUCCUAUAAAGAAUCUUGUGUUUUGCCUUCUGUUGUAUGCAGCAUUGCAAAAAUAAAUAAUAAAAUUGAUAGGCACGCUUUCAGGAAGUAUACAUUUUAAUGUCUUUUUCUGUAACGUAACAUGGCAUUAAAAUGCCUCAUUGAGGAUCUAAUCUAUGUAAUCUUCUGUUCAGACUGGAAAACAUUGUGGAAAUAGAGAACUGUAAACAUAA